AUGUCGCAGAUGGGAUUGAUUUCCUUGGAUAAUCGUCACAAGGUGGUACCGCUGCAAAUAUCAGAAAGACUUAUCAAAGAUCUUGAAAGACUGGAUUCAUUAAAUGAGAGAGAUUGCCUGAGCACUUCGGUCUAUUAUGUGAGGUCCGGAGUUGAAGACCUCGAAUCCAUCAUAAAUCCCGCCUCGAUUAGCGAGGACUUUGAAAAGUUCUUGAAUAGCCUGGGAUGGCCUGUAUCAUUGGAUUCACAUCCGGGUUAUAAGGCGAAGUUAAAUUCUUCAUUCUGCAAAACAACAUCGUAUUUUGCAGACAGAACUGUUGAAGUGAUAUUCAAUAUACCUUAUGUAAUUCACUUGCCAAAUCCUGAGGCGUCCUCAGGUUCACUGACAACCCUAUUCAGAGAUGUCUCGGCAGAUGAUUUGGUUUGCAUUGUUUGGAUCGAGGACAUUUUAUCCAUGCACAAUGUUCCCUCAAAAGUUGGACAAUCAGUACUUGUAUAUAUCUUUGUUCACCCUUUGCAAAAUGCUACUGGAUUAUACUGGAUUAGAAUAAUUAUUCCUACUGCGUCUAACGCAUCAGGAGUCAAUGAAAAAAAACAUGGAAAGGGAAAAGUGAGCUGGAGCGCUGAUAUUACAAAAUUAGCCGAAAAUCACUUGGCCUUUGGACCAUUAGUUGAUGGCAUGAUUGUUAGUAGACAUACACUCGGGUCCUUGGUUCGCAACACCGCAAUUUCUGCUCACGAAGCAUGUAGAAACAUUUUAGAUAUGCAAAGUAAGCCUUACUCCGUGAGAAGGCAGUUUAUCGAAGAAAUGCAUCAUAGAUAUAAAUCAAAUAUGUCUGUUUCCGAGUAA